AUGAAAGCUGCCUUAAUUUUAGCGACUCUCGCAGCGUUGACGGCUGCCGCGCCACAAGGCGCCUUCGGCGGUCUGCUAAAACGAGCCUCAGAUGAUGAGAUAACACGAUGCGGUACCUCCGAUAACGACAAAUGCGCGGAAGGCGAAAGGUGCGUCGGUGUAUACGGGCUUAAAGAUCAACCAGGCGGUCUUUGCGUCAAGGAGCCGAAAAUGUGCGGUGGUGAAAACGAACACGAAAGCUGUCCUGAGGAUCACCGUUGCUUGAGAGAUUCGACUAGCAAGUGUCCUUCCAAUCUCUAUUGUGGCUGGUGUGUAGAAAAAAAAUGGAUCGACAAGUUCCAGUACAGAUCUUACGGAAUGAAUCGGUGCGGCGGCUCUUCUGGCAAGAAAUGCUACGAAGGCGCCGGAGAAAUGUGCAUUGGGGAGGACGUAAUGCUCGAUGGUAUGGGUAUAUGCUUGGAUAGCGUAGGAAAGUGCCUUGGUGACGAUAAUAGAUGCCCCAUAAAUUCUGACUACGGAGAAGGACAUUGCAUCAAAGACCCAAGACUUGACUGCUUACCAGGCGACAAAGGUUGUACUGGUAUAUGUCUGGAUGCAGGUUAUACCUGGGGAAAGAUUAAAGGGUCCUCGUCUCCAUCUUCAAAGGUCCCGAGCAAAACCGCAACCUCGACUCCCGCCCCAAAAGCGACGAAGGGUAAAUAUAAGCCAAAGCCAAAGAACAAAACUCCAUCGAAGGGUGGUUGUAAAGAUAGUAAAUACUGA